AUGUCAAAAGAAAAAUAUUUAAUUGUCUCUUUCGCGGGGGACAAUUACAACGUGUGGGAGUUCCGAUUGAAAAGUAUCCUGCGGGAUAAUGGAGCAAUAGAGGCGAUCGAAAAGGAGGAUUUCAGUAAAUCUACGGAUAACAAGCAAUUGGAAGCUAAGGCUCAGGCUAUCAUAAUAGCGGCAACCGCCGAUAGUCACCUUGAAUACCUAAAGGACAGAUCUGCUUAUCAAAUGAUUAAAAGUAUGGAAGACAGCUUUAAGGAGAAAGGUACACGAUCUAAAUUAUUUAUAAGAAGAGAGUUAUCUGAUAUGAAAUUCGACGAACGGAAACCUUUAAUGGAACAUUUUAUUGACUUGGAAAAACUAUUUGCACAACUCGGGGAUGCUGGCAGUGAACUCUCGGAGGAAGAAAAAGUAAACUAUUUACUCUUAUCCAUGCCGAAAUCUUAUGAAGGCAUUAUCACGGCUUUGGAAACUGUGGAAGAAUUGAAACUGGACUUCGUGAAAAACAGACUGCUUGGGGAAGAGGAAAAACGGAACAGAGGAGUGACCAAAUCCGUUGAGUCUUCAAUCUUCUCGUGUUAUGGAUGUGGACGCCCCGGACACAAAAAAUUCCAAUGGAGGAGCACUCAACAGGCACGACUCAAGACUGGUGACUGGAGUCUUCAAGGCCGAGGAUGUAGCAACUGGAAGUACAACGGAGGCCGAGACGAUAGUAAGGCAAAUCAUCGUCAGACCCAGGGGAGAGGUAGAGGAAAGUCAUUUCUAACAGGCACUGAAAAUACUGAAGAUUCUGGCAAAUGGGGAUUCUAG